AUGCGCGAAAUAGACCCUCUCGUCAUUGAAUAUCAACAUGACAGGCACCGACCCAGGGAAUCUGAAGCCUUAACCAUGCUCAAAAAGAUCGCAUCACUGGUCAAACCUAUCAUGCGCCGGAGGACCUGGAAAGUAGGGACGCUCAGUGAAUUCUACCCACAUCAGCAAAACCUCCUUGGGCUUAAUAUCAACAAAGGCCAAAAAAUAUGUCUUCGACUGCGGUACCCUUAUGACGAGCGUCAAUUCCUCCCGCUCGAACAAGUCGUCGAUACGAUGCUGCAUGAACUUUGUCACAUAGUACAUGGGCCGCAUAACCGAGAGUUCCAUGCUCUCUGGAACCAGCUACGCGACGAGUAUGAAGAGCUUCUUAUGAAGGGCUAUACUGGGGAGGGAUUCCUUUCCGAAGGUAAACGCCUAGGUGGCCGUAGGAUACCUCUUCACGAGGUCCGGAGACAAGCCAAAGCGGCCGCAGAGCAGAGACGGGCACUGUCCGCUGGGUCAGGGCAACGACUGGGGGGUGCUCCGGUACGAGGAAGAGACAUGCGCCGAGUUAUCGCGGAUGCUGCACAAAGACGCAUAGAUGUAACGACAGGCUGUGCGUCGGGAGCGGAAAACAGCAACGAACUCGCGGAAGAAGCGUCUAGAAAUGGCUUCCGGACGAAGGCUGAGGAAGACGACGCAAAUGAACAAGCAAUUAUGCAGGCUUAUAUUGACCUGAUUGAGGAAGAAGAGAGGGAGAGAUACGGCCCUUCUUACGUCCCCCCAAGCCAUGAGAACCCAGCUGGGCCCCGUUCAACUUUAUCUCCUCCACUUGUUCCCGAGAGCACUAGGCCUACAAUGCCGUCGCAACCUCCAGAACCAAUAGAUCUUACAAUUGACGACAGCCUUUUCGAGGCGCCAUGGACGUGUCCAGCUUGCACUUUAGAAAACCCGGCCAGCUUUUUGUGUUGUGAUGCCUGUACAGCGGAGCGACCUCGGCCAUCGAAUACACGUUCUGUAUCUGGACCUGCCAAGAUUCCGAGCAGCUCAGGAUCCCAGAACAAGAAUAAGCGCCGGAGAAGCUACCUGGAUGGCCAACCCACUUUCAAAAACCGUACUAAUGCCGUUGAGACUCUCGCCGCCCUUGAAAGAAAUACCGCUAAACGGCCACUUGGGUGGGUCUGUCAAUUCUGCGAGACUUUCAUGGAGGCGGAAUGGUGGACAUGCUCAAACUGUGGGACAAUGAAGGCCAACUCUUAA